UGUUCUAGAUAGCACCUCCUCACCUUGCUCUAUAACACAAUUGUAUCCAUAUGUCAAAGUGCCAUCUGAUCUAAACAUGGAAAGGUAUGGAAACAGCUCUUGAAAAAAGAUAGGCUAUGAUCUGGCUGGUUCUUGAAAUUGAUCUUGACUGACAAUCAAUCCGGGGCUAAGAUGUUUCUCUUCUCAUCUGGCAACCAAUAGGAAGCCAAGGAUACGUGGAUGCGACAGAUUUGGAAACUGUGGUAAGUAAAGUAGCAUUCAGAUGUCAGUGUAGACAGAGGAGGAGAGAGGGGAGGCAGGGCGGUCGAAGAAUAGGCGUUUACGAAUUCAAGCUCUGUCCAGACUAGAGGCUCACCUGUUAGGCGCAAGACAUGAGCCAUCCAAAUGAGAAAGAUGCCUCGGGCACAAUCGAAAGUAAACCUAAAUCGCCCAUGCUUUCAUCAUACUGCAUCGAAAGCAUUCUCGGCCGACGAAGUCCCCUCAAAGUCAGACUCACAGGAAUGCAAAGUAUACCAAUGCUACUGACUGGGAGUGCGGAGCAUAAUGCGCCUUUGGAAGCCUCUCAGAAAGAUGCGGACAUGCACCUGCCCCCCAAGUUGCAGCGUCUGUAUGGCCCAGGGGGAAAGCUCAUGGAUUCCAGACGGGGAGUUCACGAGAAUGAGGAGCAAGAAGAGAAGGAGCGUCCUCUAGACAAAGUCUACGAAAAUCUGAAAAUCACCCAGGCGCCACAAGUUAGCAUCAGCCGCAGUAAAUCAUACAGGGAAAACGCGUCCCACAGUCAGAGCGAUGAAGAUAGGAACCUCGGGCGACGGACAGAGGAGCACGCGGAGCUUGGCGCCCUAAAGUUCGAGGAGGACACUGGCAAGGAGCUUAUCUGCGAAGACACAGAAAUAUCCCCAAAGAACAGAGAGAGUUUGUACAUCAAUGGAGAUGUAAAAGACGGAGAGGACAGCGUGUGCCUCUCAGCUGGCAGUGACUCAGAGGAGGGGAUGCUAAAGCGAAAACAGAGGAGAUACAGGACUACGUUUACCAGUUAUCAGCUUGAGGAGUUGGAGAGAGCUUUCCAGAAGACGCACUACCCGGAUGUGUUCACGAGGGAGGAGUUAGCGAUGCGGUUGGAUCUCACUGAGGCUCGUGUGCAAGUGUGGUUCCAAAACCGACGAGCUAAGUGGCGGAAGCGGGAGAAAGCCGGGGUUCAGACUCACCCCCCAGGACACCCCUUCUCUGGACCCCUGGGUGCAGCACACCACUUGAGCCACUACCUGGAGGGAAGUCCUUUCUCGCCCCACUCUCACCCCUCCCUGGAGUCUGCCUGGACUGCUGCAGCCACCUCGUUCCAGGGACUGACCCAGCCCCUUGCCAGCUCUUCCUCCCCCCUGGGAUUUGGCCCCUUCCUGGGAGCAGCCAUGUUUAGACACCCCACCUUUAUUAGCCCCUCCUUUGGAAGACUCUUCUCUAGCAUGGGUCCUCUGACACUCUUACGCCAGCCCAUACCCGCUGUAGAGACUCCAGUCCAGCCCCCGAUGGUAUUGUCAGAGCCCUCCCCCUCCUCGCCUGUGGACCGCCGGGCCUCCAGCAUCGCAGCACUGCGGCUCAAAGCUAAAGAGCACUCAGCUCAGCUGACACAACUCAACAUCCUACCUUCCAGCAUGACUGGGAAGGAGGUGUGUUGAGAGACAUCAAACUCCCCCCAAUUCCCCCGACAUGGAGCAUGAGUCAUGACCAAAGGAAUAGCAGCUUAGAAGUGGUAUAGCACAACUUAACCUUGUCUAAACUCCUCCCCAGUUAGUUGUCCCAAAGUUCUGUUACCCCACACUCUCCACAACAGUGAAACAUGCUUUCCUCAUGAACUGAAGAAGAGAGAUUUAUUUUUUAUUUUGGUAAGUGGACUCCCUGCCCUUUCACCCUCAGGAAUGACCCGUUAGCAGCUUCUCACAGGAUGCUACGCAGUGUUUACCAACUCCAGUAUCCACAACAGCACACAUUUUUGUUGUAGCCCCGGACAAAAACACCCGAUUCAAUUUGUCAAGAGCUUGACGAUUAGUUGACAACUAGAAUCAGGUGUGAUUGUCAGGGGCCACAACAACAAAAACAUGUACUGUUGGGGAUACUCGAGGACCGGAGUUGGAAAAACACUGUGCUACAAGCCACCAAAGGGAGAGAUCUAGGCCCUGGAGAGGUUAAAAUGGAGAGAAAUGCUGUAGACUACAGACUGUGUAAGUUUAGAUAUCAUAUAAUGUACAUUUCAUGUAUUGAUAACAUGGUGUCUGUUGAUAGAUUUUGGCAGUCUUCUUAAAUUAGUUGGUUAUUCAAGUUUGUAUUUAUGAUCAGUCCUGUAUGAGCCAGAAGGAAGUUUUCAGGAGGAACAUUGAAUUUUAUUUUAAAAAUGAUUUCCUGGUUUCAGAUGAAUCAGUUGAAAAAAGCUAAGACAAUAAACUGUCAACUGGAAAACGUUUCACCUUUCGUUGCUUUUAACUGUGUUGCAGUGAAAUAAAAAAUUAAAAGUGAAAUAAUUCUGUGGACAGAAUUGAGAGGUGUAUUCAACAGCAUGAAACAAUAUAAUAACAAGCUUGCAACAGACGACGUAAACAGCGGCCUCUCCAAAUACUGGUGUAGCCUACAGUCUCACUGAUGGACCUCAAGAGCUGGAUUCAGGGACGAAGGUGUGGAUUAAGGAUUUAUAUGGUCAUACAGUGGAGUUCGAAAUCAUUUAAACUUUCAUAAAGA